AUCAAUCGACAUACGAGAACGGGUUACUGCUGGUCGAACGUCAGUAUGAAUUUUCCAACAGAUGUGUGAAGAAAACUUUCAACGAACGAUUAGUUUCCGAAAUAUUAAUGAUGUUCUAUUGCCCGCCUCCGUUGACUCAAGCGGCGCUCGGCGUUUUCGUAGUAUUGUAUCUAACAUCUUUACAUACGCAAGCUCAGGAGAAUGCUCAAUUACAAAUACCUCCUUCGCUGGUAGAAUGUUACAAUGAUUCCCAUUUUAUGAACCGAGAUAAUCGUCUACCCGCCAAUAUUGAGACAUUCAUAAAUUUGAUUGAGAAAGUUGAAAACUCGUACGCUUUUAAUCAAGAUAUACGGCAGUUAGCUGUCUCCUUAUUGCACCGUUUCCGUCAGGAUGGUAUACAGCGGGCCCCGGGAGUUAUGCGGACGGUCGGUGUUUUACCUUUUAGCCCAACGGGAUUUCAGUUUCCGAAAUUUCGAAUUUUAUUAUCUCGUCUAAUCCCGGGUGACGCGAUGCGUUUUCCUAACGAUACUCUGACUAGAGAAGAACGUUGCUCGUUGCAUUUCAUGUUGUCCAGUUCAGUUGAUAUGCAAAUGCGUGGUGAUGAGCAUCAAGUAUGCAAUAAGUUAGCACAAUACCGAGCCCAACGUUUACCACGUAGCGCGCAGCACAAGCCAAAAAACAGUUUUGUAGGAGACGUGGAAACGAUCGACAAUUUCAAGUUUAAUGGUUCAAAACGGAAGACUUCGCAUAUACGCACGAAUGCCAAAGACCAGGAAUACGACUUUGGUUGGGCGGAAACUGAUUUUGGCGUUUCGCAUGAUAAUGACAUAAGUCAUUGCCCGGUAGAGAAUGGUGUUAUACACACAGAUUGGGGAACAGUAGCCACAGGUACGCUAGUAGCUGGUAUAGCGGCAGGUUUGCAACCUCAAACUGUGCAGCUGAAAACGCUAUUAGCUCUGGCAUCUCGCCGACCCGGUUCAGGACAAAGUCUACCACAAACAGCGACUGUCAACGUUGACAAUCGUUGGGCUGCAACUUUGGCUGGGGACCUAGCCGAAGUAGCUUUAAUACAAAUGCCCAUGACUGGCAGUGAUACAGCAUCCAUUGGAGCUGAUGGGGCCUGGAAUAGCACAGUUAUGCCGCGAUGGUAUUUCCUUUCACAACGUCACAAUGUGGAGAUGACAGAUGCCGAGAUACGCGGUGGUUUGGAUGGACUUAUCAUAGCCAUGAAUAUAGCCAAUUGGCGUACGCAGGCUCCCAACCUGAAGCUAUCCCAACUGCUACGUAUGUACUAUUCAAUGGAUAGGGUAUUGGGCAGCAACAUCAUGGCAUGUAAUCGUAAAGAAAAUUUCCCUAUUUAUGCUCCGUUAAACAUCAUGACAGCACAGACUAGUGCUUUUGCUCAGGUAUUGGAUCGAGAAAUUCAGCUUAAAGUAACAUUGACACCCGAAGCUAUAGCACAAUUUUCAACCGGAGCGUCCAAUUCUUUGACUUCAUAUAUACCUUUAAUGGAUCGAAGGCUCGACUGUUUGAAGCCAUCUGAAGACAUCUUCACUAGAACUUCUAUACUAACGGAUCUCUACAUAUUCUUAGACACCGCUUGGUCUUACCAAAUUGUGGAGAACUAUGUGAAUUACGUAGUGCAACGUAUGAAUAUUCGGCCUUAUGGCAGUUCGGUUACUUUGCUUACGGCUUCCGGUGCUUCGUUAUUAGCUAAUCAGUCUUAUUCUAUAAUAGACUUUUUUAAGCAAUGGAACUUUGAGACCCACUCCCAAGCAGCAAAGCCAGGUUUCAGUUUACCCACAAUAUUAAGCAAAGCCACGGAACUCACUCAUGGCUUAUUUGAAAUCGAAAGUAAACGAAAUUCCUUAGGCUUACGCUCAUUAAUUAUGCUUUUAAUGCCCAGUCCUUUGGCUUAUGUAAACGAGCAUGAUUUCGAUUAUUGUCAAAGAUAUCUGGAUUUCCUUUAUAGGACCAAGCCAGACAUAAAUUUCAUUUACUAUUCGGGCGGAGUUUUAGUGCGCUUUAAAAGUUAUGUCAAAGAUCCUAGAACUGAUCUGUUUCUGCUUGACUCGGAAAGAGAUGUCGAAGUUUCUUCAUUGCCUGUAGUACAAAGAAUCAAAAACGAGCCCCGACGUAUAACAAGCCCCUGUUCCAUGCAUUUCAACGGCUCUCGCCAUCAUCAGCAACAAGUUAAGCAAUAUUUACCCCUGGGGUUUGUAAAUUUUUAUAAAAUAGCGGCCAACAAUUUUUUCACCCCGGGUUAUAUGCGUUAUAUCAAAAUUAAAGCCUUGAGUCGUACAGCUUUCGUAAUAUGCACUUCAAGGAGGAAUUCGUGGCCAUAUCGCAACACAAUCUCUAGUUCUCCGUCUACGGAGCAAGAGUGUCUACAGGUUUCCAAUAAUGUCUUCAGUUAUGAUUUAACCGACCUUUGCUUGAGCUAUCAAAUCAAACAUGAAUGCCCGCCUUUGUUUUUAUCAAUACAAGCGCAGGCAUUCGCUGAUUCCUCUCAGAUCAUGUGUGAGGAAGAAGAAUGCCUUUCUCUACAACAAACUCAAUUUUUAUUAAUAACUAAUAACUUGGAUUGUUCGAAUCAAGGCCAACAAUUACUUAAAAGCAUUGAAUUAAUUCUAGUUAUAACAUUUUUAACAAUCAAAAACUUAUAUAAGUAAGAAAAUUAUUUCCUGCCUCGACCUAGUCUUUUAUGCCCAACAUCGUUAUCGAUCGUACACCGUAUCAUGACAUCUACGAUAUUCAGUUUAGACUUGAAAUACUUAAAUUGUCGAGUUCUACUAUCAAUAUCUUUUUAAUUGAUUAUGCUGUUAAGAAAAAAAGGGUUCCUCCACCAUAUUUACUUUAGAAUUAACAUAUUUUUACACCCAUAAAAUAUAUAUCUUCUGUGACGAAUGUACAAAACAGUUUUCAACACUCUGUCUUGUUUAUCCUCCGAGCUAUAAGCAGAAAACAUCCAAGAGGUGAGAAAAAUUAUUUAUAAAUUUAUAAAAGCGUUGUCGACUUUAUAAAAUUUUUGCACUGUGGUGCUGCAGCACCGCCCACAAACCGUACGAGCAAACUUUAUCGCUGUAGCUCUUUCGAUUUAUAAGCAACCAGCAAAAAGCGGAAUUGUUUUAUUUACCAAAGCGGAGAUGAUCUCAGAUAGUACCGUACCGUAGUCUGUCAUGUUCUCUGACCGAUUGACGCCAUUUCCAAUGCCAGGCUGCGUGCAAGAACUUCCAAUCUUUCCGCCAUAUUUAAAACCGAUAGUUUCGUUCUUGCGAUCAGGAGAGUAUUUAAAAAUUU